UAAAAAUGUGCAAUAUGUUUAAAAUUGUACGAUGUGCCCUCUGAAGCAGAUGUGAAGAAAUGUAAUUUUUGUAACUACACUAUGCAUGUACGUCGGCUCGUCACCGCACUGUCUCUGUAAAUAGGGUGUAUGCACGAAAUCAGGCGGCGCGGUGCAUUGUGGGUGAGCGGCCAUAUUGUAGUACUCCUUAGCAGACGCCCGCUGUAGCCUCCGCACCCGCUAGUGCAGCAUGCUGCGACGAUAAAUGGAAUCACUGCUCCAGUGACGCGCUACAAGUUGCCUGUUCACAAAGACAAUGACUUCAGUUGUUGGAGACUAUGCAGCAAUGUUAUCUGAACGUGACAGACAACGUUACGAGAUCAAGACAAAAGCGAUUGGCAUGGACCCUUUUACGAUGCGUGCAAGCGACUGCAUCAAAGACAUUGGCUUGUGGCCGUGCGUAGAUAGCUCAGACAUCCACGAAUUCUUGGUUCUGAGGACCAGCUUCACGACGCGUAAGCAGUUGAAGGCACGGAAGGCGCUGGAGGCCCACAAUUUUGUGACUAGCGGCUGGGUGCACGAGCCGUCUGUGAAGGUGGUGUCUGCCGAUACCAUAAUCAUCAUAACAAAGGUAAACCACUCGCAGAGCCUCAACCAGGCUCCGCUAACGGUGUGGGUGUUGGCCAAGAGCGACCGCGACAUUAACGCUGCGCACUGCACUUGCAUGGCAGGGAACGGCGAGGCCUGCGCUCAUGUUGCCGCCGUUCUUUUUUUCCUCGCGUACGGUGUGCGUGGACGGCAAGAACGGUCUUGCACUGACAUCGCGAAUGCCUGGCUUCCAGCCCACGUACGAAAAGUGGAAGUGCGGCCCGUUGCUGCCAUGGAUUUCGCGUCGAGUGCGCUGAAGAAAUGUUGGCUCGAUUGUGAAGGAACUUCAGUUUGUGCAGCCAGUGUGACCGCGCGUACUAAGGCCCCUGCUCCAACGAAAGAAGAGUGGAACAGCUUCUUUGGCCAUCUUUUAAACUCCGGACAUCGGCCAGUCGUGGUGAGCACGGACCCCACGUACAGCGACAUGUAUGUGCCUGCGGCAAGAGCCUGCAAUGGUGCAGACUUGCGUCGACUGUACGACCGCAGUGCACAGAGCUUGUCUUAUGACCAGCUGGCACGACACUGCAGUGUUGUUUACAGUAAGCUGCAGAUUAGUGACGAUGCAGUCAGCAGCAUCGAGGCAAGGACUAGGCAACAGUCGAUGAGUACUCGAUGGUUUGCAUACAGGGCUGGCCGUAUCACAGCGUCCACAUUGUACGACGUCUGUCAUACAAGACUGGAGGUGCCUUCAAUAAGCUUACUGAAGCGCAUUUGCUACCCGCAUGAAAAUAAGGCGUCAUCGCCUGCUCUUAGGUACGGCAGGCAAAACGAAUCAAAUGCACUCGGCGAAUACAAACUGACUGCCACAAAGUCACACCAGCAGGUACAGUUUAAGGAGGCAGGGCUGCUAGUUUCACAAGCCCACAUUUACCUUGGUGCCACUCCCCACAUGCUGGUACAAUGUGCAUGCUGUGGUGAGGGCCUAGUUGAAGUUAAGUGCCCCUGGAAAGUCAGGGAUGGGAACAUAAGUGACCUCCUGUGUGACGCUAACAGCUGUGUCGUCCAAUCUGAUGGUGCACUUGAGCUGAAAAGUAAUCACCGGUACUAUUACCCAGUUCAGCUCCAAAUGUUUGUGUGGCAGAGAACUUACUGUGACUUUGUGUUGUGGAACAAGAAUGGAAUGAAUGUGCAAAGAGUGAAGGCGGAUUUUUCUUUUGUUGUACCUUUAUUGAAAACAGGAGAGAAAUUUUCUGCAAGGUGCUUCUGCUUGAGCUGGUAGGCCGUUGGUACACAAGGCAAGAAGAAAAUCGACCUCCGACACUGGGUCAGUCCACUGCAGCCUCAACUGCUAACAUGUCUCAGGCCCACAAAAGCAAAAUUUGUCGAAGAGGACUGACGGCAGUGAUAGUGCGGAGUACUGCAUAUGCAAGGGACCAGAGAAAGGCAAAAUGAUUGCCUGCGAUGGCUCAAACUGCCCUAUUACAUGGUUUCAUUUUAAGUGCAUAGGUAUGACAAGAGCCCCAAAGGCUGACCAAUGGUUUUGUCAGUUUUGCAAGCAGUGAGGUUUGUUUCAUUUUUGGGAAGUGCAAUGUGCAUAUGCGAGUUACUACAUGAUUCAGUAAUGUAAAGUGACUACAAACGACUUUUGGAUAUUAAAAGCCUACUUUUGGCAACUG